AGAGAGAGACAGAGAGAGAAAUAGAGAGACAGAGAGAGGAAGAGGGAGACAGAGAGAGAGAGGAAGAGGGAGAGUCAGAGAGAGAGAGGAAGAGGGAGAGUCAGACAGAGAGAGAAAGAGAGAGACAGAAAGAGGAAGAGGGAGACAGACAGAGAGGGGGGGUAAAUAACAGUAAACUGUUUCACCACUCCAGUCUACUCUACGCCUUCAGUCUCAGUCCAGGUCUGGAAGCCGUGGGCGGGACGUCAUGCUGUUGAUUGAUGGGAUGCCUGAACGUCAGCGUCCAAUCAGAGUCCCUGGAGCCUCAGAGAACGUCUCUGUCGGUGUUGUCCCCUCCUGAGAUAGACAGGGCGGUUCUGAAGAGGAAGAUGUUCGGCCCAGUUCCUUCGAGACCUCCAGACACGCAACCCUGUGACCCGAACUCCUUCCAGCCCCAGACAGAGCCUGUAGACCUGUCAACCAGCCGUUCCAGGACUUCUCCAACACCCACAUGGUUCUCCCUGUGCCCCCUACCGUCCACCUCCAUCACCAGGCCUUCAUCCUCCUCCUCCUCCUCCUCCUCCUCCUCCUCUGUCCCGAAGAGUCCUGCUAUAUCAGGUCCCGGCAGGAGAGGGUACCUCGUCACACCCAUCUCCUCCAGCCCUGCCCCUCUUCAUGUCCACCGUACGCCCGUAGUGGUGCGGCCCACACCCCUGCUCUACACCCACCCAGCACACAGCAGAACCCUGGCGGUACCACGACGUCCACAUCACCGUGGUGACGGCCAGGACGAUGAGCUGCCCACCAUGAGACUGGACAGUGUGACAGAGAUGGGACGGGCUGAAACCAGACUGGGUCAUGACUCCAUGUUAGCUGGUGGUAUCCAGAGCAUGAGAGGAGUUCAUGUGACCAGGUCAGAGGUCAGGGGGCGUGUCCACAGGUGUGAGUUUUACGGCUGUAACAAGGAGUACACCAAGAGUUCCCACCUCAAGGCCCACAGACGCACACACACAGGUGAGAAGCCGUACAAGUGCACGUGGGACGGGUGCACGUGGCGUUUUGCCCGUUCUGACGAGUUAACCCGCCACUACAGGAAACACACGGGGGUGAAGCCCUUCAGGUGUGGCGACUGCGAACGCUCCUUUUCCCGCUCAGAUCACCUGGCCCUGCACAGACGCAAACACACGCCGAUCUGAGGACGGACGGACGGACGGACAGACAGACAGACAGACAGACAGACAGACAGACAGACAGACAGACAGACAGACAGACAGACAGACAGACAGACAGACAGACAGACAGACAGACAGACAGACAGACAGACAGACAGACAGACAGACAGACAGACAGACAGACAGACAGACAGACAGACAGACAGACACUGAGACAAACAGUAGAUGGACUGUUGUAGCCUGCCAUUGUACCGAUGGGUCAGUAGACAGAACAGUAGGAAAGGUCCAGUAAGACUGAGAAGCCAGACAGUUCAUUCAAUGUGUUUUAAACUCGGAUUGAAAGAACAAGUAUCCAAGUACCAAAAUGAUUUGUCUAUUGUAUUUUACUCUGUUUUCCAUACAAAUUAAACUGUGAAUUAAAUGUAUACUAAAAUACAUAUGUGUCAAAUGUUAAAAUGACAUUGAUUUAUUAAUUUAUUGUACUAUAAUGUCUGAAUUCUCUUAAUUAAAUUUCAAAGAAGA